AUGCGCGCAGGUGUGCAAGGCGAGGGAAACGAUCUCGCCUCCGGGGGUUCCCAAAAUAUUCCCACUUGCCCAUUUCAGUUGAAAAACGCCAAGGACCCCUGGGUAGCUUAUGUUCGAAUUUUGCUGGAAGACCCCGUCGGGGGCAGUAAAUUAGUCCGGGGGCAUUUUGAUGCGUUUCGGUGCGAGCGAGCGAGUCGGAAAGCGAUUUACGAUUUUCCGCCCUCGCUGGGCAUGGGUGUUGUUUUAAUGAGUAACGUCGGGUUAUUGCUGCCCGUGGCGGCCCCGGACCUGGGAGGAAAUGCGAUUCAAAGCAUCGAGUCUCUGGCCUUCCAAGGAUUGAAAGAGCUGAAGGAGCUGUUCCUGGACGGAAAUGGAAUAGAAAACCUGAACGACGGCGCUUUCUUUGGACUCGGGAACCUCAAAGAAUUAUACUUGGACAACAAUAACGUCUCGGUCGUGAGCAAGGGUUGGUUGUACGGCCUGAACUCGUUGCGCAUCCUGACCAUGUCCAGCAACGCUGUUGCCCAAAUCCUUGACGGCGCCUGGGAGGAGUGCUCGAACCUUCAAGAAUUAAAUUUGAGCAGCAAUGCUCUGAGAGAACUGAAGGACGGCGCUUUCAAUCAUCUGGCGAAGCUGAAGACGCUUUCGUUGGCGAGCAACGAGAUUUCUGCCAUUGGAGACAGUGCGUUUUCUACCCUGGAGGGACUUUCUAAGCUGGAUCUCAGCUUCAAUCACAUCGAUUGGGUCAUCGAGGACGAAACGAGCAAAGGGAGGAUCUUUAGUGAUCUCGGUAAUCUCCACAGCCUGGGAUUGCGUGGGAAUAGGAUUCGGUCAAUAUCUGCCGUAGCAUUUGCACCACUGAAGGAUCUCCGCUCGUUGGAUCUUUCGUACAAUCCAGUUGCUUCGAUCCAGGAAAAUCCCUUCAUCGAUAUGACGUGGCUGGAGUCAUUGAAGCUGAACACUACAAAUAUGGUUUGUGACUGCUCCAUGAAGUGGUUUCCGGAAUGGUUGAACAAUACGAAGCGAAUCAAGACGGAGGAAAUUCUUGCGAAAUGCUUCCAUCCCGUUGAGCAGCGUGGAGUUGACGUGACUGAUCCUAGCCUCACUUCAGCCACUUGUUCUUCGUUUCCGCGUCUGAGAAUAGAAGAGUCGCCUCAAGCCACUGUGGGUCUGAGUGGAUCCAACGUCACACUGAAAUGCCGGGCGAAGUUGACUGCAGAUGAAGUUGACACUUCGAAUGAUCUGAUCAAGUUCACGUGGAAAAAGGACAAGGUUCCUCUCGCUCUCACCAGCGUGCAAUCGGAUUCUCGUCGAAAGCGUGACGUCAGUCGUCGACAAUGGUUGCUUCAAGCACGUCGCAUGAAACGUGCUCUCGCACGAUCAACUAAAAAAUCCGGCAACUUUCUUCUCGACGGAGAACCGGAUUCGACGAGCAAGCGACACAGUGAGCCUGGUGUGAGAGUCAGCGGAGCCCAGUAUUUCCAGGAAGUGUAUGAGCAAAUCGCCGACGAUGGUGGGCUUGUGAAAACCUCAGUGUUGAGCAUCGUCAACAUAUCACAAGUCGACGCCGGUCGAUACCAGUGCAUCGUGUCCAAUGGAAUUGACUCCCUGUACUCGAAGAAAGUUCGAGUACUUGUGCACGAGAAACCAAAGUUCACGAAGUUCCCCAAGGACGUGACAGCAUCUCUCGGUCAAAGUGCGAAGCUGGAAUGCGAAGCAGAAGGCUCCCCGAAUCCCCAAGUCUCUUGGAAGAAAGACGGAGGCCGUCAUUUUCCCGCUGCUAUGGAACGACGCAUGAAUCGAUACCCGGGGGACUCCGAUAUUUUCAUCACCGAAGUCAAGGUUGAAGACGAAGGCGUCUACACGUGCACUGCAAAUUCUUCCGCCGGCAUGAUUUCCGCUAAUGCGACGUUGAGGAUUAUCGGUAAAUAUUCCUUUACUGAUGCCGACGUUGUGAAAGAGAAAAACGUGGUUGCUGGAGACACUGCCAUAAUCGAGUGUCGUGCGGAAGGAAAGCCUCGACCCUCGGUAGAAUGGUCCUUUAAUGACAGGAUACUGGAACCAACUGAAAGACACAUGUUCACUCACGACGGUCAGAUUUUGCUGAUAGUGAAUGCCCAAGCGAUGGAUGCCGGUGUUUACAAGUGCUCGUUGCCUGGGAAGGUUUCUCCAUCCACUGCUACUAGAGUUUUGAAUAUCGCUGCCCCGAAGAAGGAUGGAGACUGGGCAGUGACGGCAGUCGUGCUCUCCGGAGUUAUGUUGGCAUUUGUGACUGUGGUCGUUGGCGUCUUUCUGGCCGUGAUUCGUUUCGUGAAAAUCAAAGCCGCCCACAACACUCUACCCCGAAGAAUGCCUCCAAUCGGAAACAUGUUUGAACUCGAUGCCAUGUUACCGGGCUCUGGUUCAUUUCAAAUGACGCACCAGGUAUCCGCGUACCACGACUACCACUGCAGUCCCGAGCACGUUCCGGGCGACGAAAUCCCCGUUCCGUUCGGUUUGGAGGGCGUAGCGACGGCGACCAUUCCCGAGCCUGAGAUCAUCGUUCCGGAUCACGAUAUGGAGCAGGAAAGACGGCAAUUUGCGUUGAUGGAUGACGAGAGUGACCGAGCCAGUAGUAAGGACAGCGGAACCGGAACUGAUAGUGGGGCGAAUGUCAGUGCUACGGGAAGUGGAGGUGCGAACGAGCCUCGGAUGACUACAGAUUACGCGAGUGCGCAAGAAGUCCUUCGUAGCCUCAGAGAGAGCUUGUUCGUGAACGGAGUCCGAGGUGGCUCUGUCAAUGUAUUAUCCCCUGAAGGUGGAGGUGAUCGAUGUGCAAAGGGCAGAGAAGAAAAUCCCUGUGUUUCUCCUUCCCACUCGCCGUGCACUUCACCGGUCCCGCGAUCCAAUGUUCAAUACCUGCACCCGUUUUCUCACCAUCGGUGCGAAAGCUCCACAUCCGUGGAUGGGCUGCACAGUCCAACACGAUGGUCACUCCCACCACCACCUGACGAAGAAGUUCCCAUACUCUGUCAUGAAGUUAGCCGAAGCCAGAUGACAUCACCUGUGUUCUGCGGCGGUGGUGGUGGUGUCGUCGUUGGUGGUGGCGGACGUAGUGCGUAUUGGGGCGGCCACAUGAACCCGGGCAAGUUCCGGCGCCGCGGAGCAUAUGCAUCUGGUCGACAAGACGCAACCAAGUCUGGAAUGGUGCUGGCAUUGCCGCGGACAGAGUCGAGCUCUUCUGCGACCAAUUUUUCUUACGGGUUCGGGGUGUCUUCGCCUGAUCUCAGUCAGGAGGGCGAAGGGGAAUUUCUGAAACCGCCGUCGCUUGCUGGGAGCGGCAGGAACAGUGCUACGUUGAAGCGAGGCCGACUACGAGCAUCUGGAACAUCCCUCAACUCCAUCGGCGCCGCGCCGAAGGGGAAGCAGGUCGAGUGUCCGACAGUGCCUCCCCUGAAGUCAUCGACAGAAGCACCCAAUAGUCGUGAUGUUUUUCGUUCAUGAGUGUUUUUGUAUUUGAACCCUUUCCGUGUUCCACUAUUGACACUCUCGCCAAGCCCUUUUCCUACAUAAUGUUACCGUGCAUGUUUCUUAUCUUUGAGGCGACCUUAUGUUCGAGGCAAUUCGGUGAUGUAUCUUGAAAGCUUCGGCAACGAUGGAAACUGAACGAUUACUUUCAACUUGAGUAGGAUUGAAAAUGGCUUGGCGAGAAUGUUCGACGUGGGUGAACCAUUUUUUUUUUUCUAAGUGAUUCGAAUGCCCUGGUUUUCCUGGGAUUCAUUUGUGAUCUCAUUUUGGAAGCACAAAGUUGUCAAAACUCGCAUCCUAACACCCCGGAAAGGAUUUUAAGUUAUUCCUACUUUUUUAUGCUCGGUUUCCUAUGUUCUUGUGGCCGCAAAAGUGAGAAUGAUGGACUUUUUCGACGUAUUUACUAGAGACGUUAUGAAAUUUGUGUGAACCUAUUCGUGCAAAGCUGCAGCUAUCAAGGAUUGAGAAGCUUAAUUGCUGUCGCGAAAAUCUGACGAAAAUCGUCGUUCUGCUUCGCGACAUUAUCAAGGGAAACGUCAGUCAUAUCGUUCGUUAUGUUGGGAACAUGCUCUAAAUAUAUCGAACGCUUUUGCAUUUAAGUUGAAAAUAAUAAUUUACAUUAGUUCGCAUUUAGAUCAAACGAUUUUAUAUGCAAAAAGUGAGUUUGUUGUCAAGAACGCCAAUCGAAUAUCAAAAGCAACCUCGUUGUUGUCAUGUGGACCCUUGAUAUCUGAAUCCGAUGGGUUUCUAGUACUGUAGUUUUUACUUCGUAUGCCUAUUUGAAAAAAAAAAAAAAGAAUUAUCGAGUGUCUUCCGUAAGUGAGAAUGGAACAAGUCGGGAUGCGUUUCUGGGGAAUCAAUGUUAACUACUUGACCGAUAUAUUUCUUGAACUUCGUAGUGGAACACUUUUUCUGCAAAGAUGUUGACGAGCAUUAACUUUAUCACGAAUUUGACACAUGUCUUUUUCUACUGGAAAAAUUCCAGACGCUGUGAUUAUGCUUUCGGGUCUUUUUGCGUGACUGUCCAAUUUUUGAUUCAUGAGUUCUUCACACUGACGACUACUGAAAGAUCACUUGAAUAGUACAACAAUGAGAAAUUUAUCGACUGGAACUGUUGCGUUUCUGAAAAUUUCGGGAACUAUUUCCGAAAUAAUUCGCUAUUCGUUGAAAUUGAGUUGACCAGAGCUUGAAAGCGGCAUUGACCCGACGUCUGCUGCGAUUAUUUCCUUGAAUUUCAUGGGCUCUUGAUUGGGGAUCGCGCCUGUGCCAUUGAUGUUGAUUCCUUUAUUUUCUUUUCUUUUUCCGAAUGCCCUUUUGACUAUGGCUGCUCCAGGUUUUUGGCGCGGUGUUUUGAUUUUUAGGAAAGGCAAAACUCGUUGUUGGUGAGUUGAAAGUUUGUGAUAAUUCUUUUUACCCGUCGGUGUAAUACAUCCACGGCAUGAGCAUGCCAUGCUUUUUGCAAAUUCGUCUUUUUAUUUCAUGCAAUCGAAAGUUUUUGAUCAUCAUUGAUCUGAAAUCAAGCAAGCGGUGAAGUCGAAAUCGCAAGUGACGGUAAGUGUGUUUCUCACCCUGUUCCGAAUGGGGGUUCCCCUGGGCCUACAGUAAGGACCUCCCAUGGAAACCCUUAGGAACGACAUCUACCCUUAGCAACCGUACUAAUAUUGAGCCACCAGAUAUCCCACCCAGAUUGACAACCGGAUGCAAGAUAACCAUCUGAACUGGAGGAGAGGUGGCGAGGCCGAGAUCGGAAGCAUCAGACGGAAUUUGACUCUUGACCAGCAUUGUUGUUUUUAUACUGGACUUUGGGUAUUAUUGUGUGAUCAGUGUUUUGAGUGUUUGCUGUCAUCGACCGGACUUGGCGGAGGAAAUAAACUCUGCUCUAACGUGGUGCUGCCCGAGGACCGAUCUGUCAGA